GACACAGUUUUACUGCCACGCGUUCACAUACAGUGAGCACGACUGAACAGAAUCUGACAUCUGUACAGCCCUCGCCCUAAUCGCGUUUAACGCUUUUAUCUCCGGCUGAAAAGUCUUCUGGUGUGCCGCUCUCUGUCAGUUCCGUGAAUGAUGAUGAGCGGCGCCGUGCGCUCAGUGAGGAAGGGCAUCUCGUGUCCGACACAAGACCCGAACUGCACUCGCAUCGUGGAAAGCCUCUCCUCGUGGAACAACUCCGUGAUGAGCGCGUACAGGCUGGUGGAUUUACCCCCCACGACCACAUCUGUUGCCAUGGUGGAAGAAUCAGUUUACCCUUUUCCAACAGUGGAUGUGCCUGAUCAUGCUCAUUACACUAUUGGUGCUGUCAUCCUGGCUGUUGGAAUCACUGGCAUGCUGGGCAACUUCCUGGUCAUCUAUGCAUUCAGCAGGAGCCGGACCCUGAGGACACCAGCGAAUUUGUUCAUAAUAAACCUUGCCAUCACAGACUUCCUCAUGUGUGCCACCCAGGCACCAAUCUUUUUCACCACCAGCAUGCACAAGAGAUGGAUCUUUGGGGAGAAAGGUUGUGAGUUAUAUGCAUUCUGUGGGGCUUUAUUUGGCAUCUGCUCCAUGAUCACACUCAUGGUCAUCGCUGUGGAUCGAUACUUUGUGAUCACGCCGCUAGCCUCCAUCGGUGUGUUGUCUCAGAAGAGAGCUCUGCUGAUUCUUCUGAUAGCUUGGGCUUAUUCACUUGGUUGGAGCCUGCCACCCUUCUUUGGUUGGAGUGCUUAUGUUCCUGAAGGGCUAUUGACCUCAUGCACCUGGGAUUAUAUGACCUUCACACCCUCCGUGCGAGCUUACACUAUGCUCCUCUUCAUCUUCGUCUUCUUCAUUCCGCUUAUCGUCAUCAUCUAUUGCUAUUUCUUUAUUUUCCGAUCCAUUCGCAGUACUAAUGAAGCUGUGGGCAAAAUUAAUGGAGAUAACAAGAGAGACUCGAUUAAACGAUUUCAACGGCUGAAAAAUGAAUGGAAGAUGGCAAAAAUUGCUCUUAUUGUCAUUCUCAUGUAUGUCGUCUCCUGGUCUCCAUAUUCAACUGUGGCACUGACAGCAUUUGCUGGGUAUUCUGAUAUGCUCACACCAUAUAUGAAUUCAGUACCUGCUGUGAUAGCCAAAGCUUCAGCAAUCCACAAUCCCAUCAUCUAUGCCAUCACACACCCCAAAUACAGGUUGGCCAUAGCGAAAUACAUUCCAUGUCUUCGUGUGCUGUUGUGCAUCCCCAAGCAUGACCUCCACUCCCUCCACAGCAGCUUUAUGUCCACACGUCGCUCCACCGUCACAAGUCAGUCCUCUGAUAUGUCCGGACAGCUUCGCAGAACCAGCACCGGCAAAUCCCGGCUCUCCUCAGCCUCCGACAGCGAAUCUGGCUGGACAGAUACUGAGGCCGAUCUCUCGAGCAUGGGCUCCAGGCCUGCCAGCCGACAGGUGUCUUGUGAGAUCAGCAAGGACACUGCAGAGAUCCCAGACUUCAAACCUUGUAACUCAUCCAGCUUCAAGUCUAAGCUCAAAAGCCAUGACUCUGGCAUCUUUGAAAAGAGUUCCUCUGAUGUGGAAGAUGUGUCUGUGGUUGGACUCGUCCAACCGGACCGCACCAACCCUUUAGCUGCUAGUGACGGUACGGAUGUGCCCAUUUCAAGAGGUGCAAUUGGUCGGAUUCCCAGCAUUGUUAUCACCUCUGAGUCUAGCACUUUUCUGCCCUCGGUACGGCCCAGCUACAGAAGCAGCCGCUCGAGUAUGUCCAGUGCUGGGGCAAAUCCACCCAGGAGAGACUCUCCUGGAGGAGUCCAGCAGGGGGCAGUGCAUCUCUCCACUGCUGCUGAAACACCCGAAUCUGCUCACCCAGACAACCCUCGACCUCAACAUCUCUAGUGUUUACACCUCUUCACUCACCAUUUGAAUCUUACCUUCAAGCUUUGUGUUAAGGUUCUGUGUUUUUUGUGAGUUAUUCUGUUCUGUGGUGUAGACUUUUAGUAAGGGGAGCUUAAAAUGAAAACAAAACCAGAGAGAUUGCUCAGUGCUCUGUAUUACAGAAUGUAAAAUAUGAAAGUCAUACAUUGAUGUCAAGUUAUUUUAGUCUGGUCAUCAAUGUCAAAUGGCAUAUGCAGGUAAUAUCAGCUUACUUAGGGAGUAGUUUGUGUUUGCUUUGUUUUGUUUCAACCUCAAGCAUUUUUUAUGAUGAUAUUUCAGCCGUAAAUCUAAUAGUUAUUUUACUGUCGUCACUCAAAGUGAGACUCUGCCUGAAUGUUUUGCUUAACAGGAUCAACUUAAGACUGUGGUAUGUGAGUUUUGCUCUUGAGACACUAAAAUGUUCGCUUCCACAGAACUACAAGGUAUGCAAUAUAAAGCCAUAUUACAGAAACAUCCUAA